AUGAGCAUUGCAAGCAUCAUGUCUGAAUCUCAGCCAAAGAACCAGCCGGCCACUAGCCACACGGCUGUACUGAACUCCAAAAACGCCUCUAUUUUGGUCGGCAUACGCGAUGGCGUCACUGGCGAAUUCCGUCUUGUCCCCAGAGAGCAAGCAACGAUUUCAGUCUUUGACUCAAACUUUCUUAUCGGCGAUGGGAUUUGGGAAGGCAUCCGUGCUGUCAGAGGCCGAGUUCAGUUCGCCAAGGAGCACGUAAAUCGGCUGUUCCAGUCUGCAAAGGCAAUGUACAUGGACUUGGGCUUGACAAAAAGAGACCUCCUAUCUCUGCUUCACCAGACUUUAGAUGCCAACGACAUGGGCAACGAGCCUCACGUCCAUAUGCGCUUGGUCGUCAGCAGAGGAUUAAAGUCGACGCCCUACCAGAACCCGCACGUCAACAUCGGGUUGCCUCUCAUCGUUAUCAUACCCGAGAUCAAGGCUGUAGAUCCUACGGCCAAGUCGCGCGGUAUACGUCUCGGCACGACCUGGGUCCGACGAGGCCCGCCGGACGUCAAGGACGAGCAGUGGAACCACAUCUCCAAGGCGACGGACGUGCAGGCCUGCGUGCACGCCAACUUUAUGGGGGUCGACGAGGCGCUCAUGCUAGACCUCAACGGCUUCGUCAAGACGUGCAACUCGGUCAACUUCUUCAUCGUCCGUGGCGACGAGGUGUGGGCGCCGACAAAGGACAACCAGAUGCAGGGGAUCACGCGGCAGAAGACCAUUGACGUGUGCCGGGCGGCCGGCAUCAAGGUACGAGAGCUCGACUUUGCGCUGACGGAGGUGUACGGGGCCGACGAGGCUUUCUGCACCGGCACAUUCCCGUCGCAGAUCCACGUCACCGAGGUCGACGGGCGCAAGAUUGGAGAUGGGAAGAGAGGGGCUGUGACGGAGGCGAUCCAGAAGCUUUACGUGGCUGAGGUUGAGCGAGAUGUUUCGAGAUCGAGGGAGCAAAUCCUGGCUGAGCUCGAGCAGGUUCGAGACUUGAGAGUUUUGGAAGGCCUGAAGUCGAAGCUUUGA